AUGAAGUUCGGGCACACGUUCGCGGAUCUCAUCGAGGCGACGCAUCCGAGCGUUCGAGAGAAGUUCCUAUGCUACAAGACCCUGAAGAAGGUCCUCAAGGACAUCCCCGAGGAGGCGAAGAGCAGCGACGGGUCGCCCGCGGAGGGCGCGGUGAAAUCCCCGCCGCAGAGGCGGCAGCUCACCGGCCCUCGGCUCGCGUUCGUGAAGACGCUCAACGCGGAGCUCGCCAAGUUUAACGAGUUCUUCAUGAACUCCGAGGAGGAAUUCGUCAUGCGCGAGCGACGCCUGAGCGGGGAGUACCGCCGGGUGCUCAACAAGGAGGGCGAGAAGGCGGACGAGUACACCGUGGACGCGCACAAGAAGAUGUGCCGCGCGUACGCGGACUUCCACGGCGAGCUCGUGCUCAUGGAACACUGGGUGUCCUUAAACUACACCGCGCUCGUGAAAAUUUUAAAGAAGCACGACAAGCGCUCGUCGUCGCUGUCGCUGCGGUCGCCGUUCUUGGUCAGCGUGCUCCAGCAGCCGUUCUACAGCACCGAGGUCUUGACGCAGCUGGUAUCGAAAGUCGAGAAGCGGUUCCGGACGUUAAACGCGAUGCUCGUGGAGGAAGCCGGCGGCGUCCCCGUCGCGGCCGGAGCCGGGGCCGGAGCCGGGGCUGGCGCGUCGGAGCGCGCGAGCCAGCCGCCGCCGCUGACGGAACGGAGCGGCAGCGACGAGGAGGAGGACGCGCGGGUCGAGGCGAUGGCGAGGACGAAGGCUGCGAUGGCGGGGUGGAACGGGCUGAAGAACUCCGAGGCGGUGGUUCGACCGUACGGAGACGUGGACGCGGGAAGACGGAGGAACGAACGCCGCGCCGGGGGGGGCGGGAAGCGCGCGGCGUCGGCGGAGGCCGCGACGUCCACGCCGGGGAAGAAGGUCAGGGCGUGAGCGAGAGACGCGUCGCGUCGAUCGAUUCGCGGGGUGGGACGGGGAUAACAGACGACGAUAUUAGGGGAACAGCGCGCGCGCGAGACGAAGGACGCCCUUCGCUCUGAUGCAUUCUAUCAUUUUGUACGAU